AGGAGCGGCGGAGGGCAGGGCUGCGGAGACGCGGCUUUCGGGGUGGUGGUUGGGGACCGUAGAUAAGGCGGGCAGAGCCGGCGGGCGAGCUGCUGAGGCCUUUGGUGACUCCGCCAGUGCUGCUUCAGGUAGCAUUUUAAGCAUCCAUUAUCAAAAUGUGGUGCCCUGUGGUAAUUCUCAGCCUGUUUGUGGUCCUCACAAGUGCCCGUAAUGUUCCAUACUUCCCUCCUCUCUCUCCUGACUUAGUGAACUAUAUCAAUAAACUCAAUACCACAUGGAAGGCUGGACACAACUUUGCCAAUGCUGACAUGAGUUAUGUGAAGACGUUGUGUGGCACCUUCUUGCAUGGCCCCAAACUGCCAGAGAGGUUUGAAUUUGCUGGUGAGUUGGUCUUGCCACAAAACUUUGACUCAAGGCAACAAUGGUCAAACUGCCCAACCAUUCGUGAAAUCAGAGACCAAGGCUCUUGUGGUUCCUGCUGGGCUUUUGGUGCAGUUGAAGCCAUGUCAGAUCGGGUUUGUGUCCAUACUAAUGGCAAAGUGAAUGUGGAAAUUUCUGCUGAAGAUCUGCUCUCUUGCUGUGGGUUUGAAUGUGGGAUGGGUUGUAAUGGAGGUUAUCCUUCAGGAGCAUGGAGAUACUGGACUGAAAAGGGCUUGGUGUCUGGUGGCCUUUACGACUCACAUGUUGGCUGUAGACCAUACUCUAUUCCACCCUGUGAACAUCAUGUCAAUGGGACUCGGCCCCCAUGCACUGGAGAAGGUGGUGACACCCCUGAAUGCGUCAAAACAUGUGAAGCUGGUUAUUCUCCUUCAUACAAGAAAGACAAACAUUAUGGAAUAACUUCCUAUAGCGUCCCUGGAAAUGAGAAAGAAAUAAUGGCUGAGAUUUACAAAAAUGGACCAGUGGAGGCAGCCUUUACAGUUUAUUCUGACUUCCUCAUGUACAAAUCAGGUGUCUAUCAGCACGUCUCUGGUGAAUCAGUUGGUGGCCAUGCAAUCCGAAUUCUUGGCUGGGGUGUUGACAAUGGCACACCUUACUGGUUGAUAGCUAAUUCCUGGAACACAGACUGGGGUGAAAAUGGCUAUUUCCGAAUCCUCCGUGGGCAAGAUCACUGUGGAAUUGAGUCUGAGGUUGUAGCUGGUAUCCCUCGCACAAGCCAGUACUGGAAGCAGCUGUGAUCAUCCUGCCAGCUGAAUGGCACAUAAUCAUACUUAUAAAGAUAGAAGACAUGGUGGCAAUCCUUUGCUCUAAGACAUUUUAGACAUCAGGAUUUUUUUUUAAGCCUUUAAAAAAUUUUUUAAAAACAAUACAAUACAGAUGUCUCUAGCAGGCUCUCUUUGUGUCUAAAGCAUGAGGCUUUCUAAUUUUCGCUCAGCAAUUUUUCAUGACUGGCAAAACAGAAUGGCAAGGAAGUUGAGAUGAAACUGUCUGUUUUAAAUGAAAUACCUCUAAAGGAAUCAAAGUACAUUUCACCAACAGAAGGCAUGAUUAGAAACAACCAACUCCUGAUUAAGAUGUUGAGGUUGCAGUUUGCAGUGGUAUUUUAACUUUACCUUCCACAUAUUGAUGGCACCACCCAUCAGAUAAGAGUGUAGGAUCAUGGAAUCUCAGGGUUGGAUUGUUUUGAGUUUAAUCCUUAGUAAACAUUAUUGUGCAAAGUGGUACAGAGGAUUCCCCCUCCCUCUUCUUUUUCACACACACACUCACUUUCAGAAAAUAGAAAGGCUAAAAUAGGCCCUUAUUUACUAUAUGGAUGGUUGAGGUCUAUGCCUAUAUUUCAAAGAAAUUUUAAGAGGAUGUCCUCAUGGUAGCGGCAGUCCUAAUUCUUCUUUUCAUAAAUUCUCAAUGUCAAUAAAUGCCUCAAUAGUGAAAAGAUAAGAAGUAGAGGGAGAGUCCUUCUGAAACUUGACCAAAUAGUCAAAACAGACAAAACUCCCGAAUCUGUUGUAACUCUAUGCAUUGAACUUCAGUUCCUUGAUAAACUUGGCUAGGUGAGAUUAUAGGACCAUGAAAUUUCAAGUUAAAUUUAAAUUAAAUUGAAUGUUAAAUAGUUGCAGAAGCAGGAACACACAUGCAAAUAGUUGCAGAAGCAGAAACACAUGCAAAUAGUUGCAGAAGCAGAAACACACGCGUACACAUAAAGAGAGAGGUUUUGUGUGUGCCUGUCAUUUAAGCUUGAUUCCUGAAACUAUAUGGACAAUUGCACUAACUGGUCCUGCACAUACGCAUGAAUUAUUUCAUUUUUUAUAAUUGUAAAUAAUGAGGACACAUAAGCAGCAAGCAUAAAAAUUGUGCACGUAAAGGGGCUAUAAAAAUGGUUCAACACUAAAUCAACCUCAAAUUAAAGGAACUUCAGUUUGCUACCAUUAGUCUUACUGAGUUCGGUGGGUCUAGCCUAGACAUGAUUGAACUGGAUUUGCUGUUAUUAGAAGCCAUAAAAUGGUUUGCUUUGCCUAGGUAGGUGACCAGUCUGUUUCAACAAACUAUUUAAAACAAACCAUGGGUUAGAUGAACCCAACCUAAAAUUGAAUCUGACCUAUAGGCUUUAUGUGAUUGGUUGCUGGCUUCAAAUACAAAGUUAUUGUUAAAUGCAGAAUAUUUUAUACACUUAAGACUUAUGACCAGAAUUUCAUCAGUGUACUUCCAAUUCCUAUCUCUAGUAAAGUCUCUCUCUCUUUUCUACAA